AUGUCGAGUAACCUGGUUGUCAUCGGCUCUCCGGAGCAGUUCACUUCGCUGAUGCAAGAGGAUCUCAAUCGAGUCAGCCUCCUGAACUUUUGGGCGCCUUGGGCAGAGCCGUGCGAGCAAAUGAACAAGGUGGUGGAAGAGCUGGCCGUCAAGUGGCCUACUGUCCUCGUCUUGCAGGUGAGUGUCGAUGAAUGCAGCAGCCUGAUCACCUGAUUGAGAUUCGCUGCUCACCCACACACCUCACCUGCCGUCGCCCGCACUACGACCUGCCUCCUGGCUUGCAGAUUGAAGCCGAGGCGCUUCCCGACAUUUCAGAGUCGUUUGACAUCGAAUCCGUGCCUUCCUUUGUCCUUCUCAAAGGUCACACUCUGCUCUCGCGCAUCAUUGGAGCCAACGCCUCUGCAUUAUCCGCGGCGGUCGCUUCCCAUGCCGCUCCUUCGAACGGCAACGGCGCUGCGUCUGGACCCCUCUCUCACACUUCUGCUCCCAUUCAGUCUGCUCAAGGCUACGAGGAGCAUCACGUGCCCAAACAGGAAUCAGACGAGGAGCUGGCAUCGAGGUGCAAGGGCCUGAUGGAGAGGGAGAAGGUGAUGCUGUUCAUGAAGGGCAAUCCCGAUCAACCCCGCUGCGGUUUCAGCCAAAAGACGGUUGCCCUGUUGAGGCAGGAAGGCGUUCGAUUCGGCAGCUUCGACAUCCUUCAGGACGAAGCUGUCAGGCAGGGUGAGUACUAGUAUGGCAGUCAAGACACGCACUCUGAAGCGAUCGCUCACGCGCGAAGUGGCUCAACAUGCUCUCCCAUUUGCAGGUCUCAAGAAGUUGAACGACUGGCCCACAUUCCCGCAGAUCGUUGUCAACGGGGAGCUCAUUGGGGGGCUCGACAUUCUCAAGGUACGUCUACCGCUGCAUCUUGCACGAGCCGAUGGAUGCUCUGCUAAAUCUGUGCCAACGUCUGGUCUGCCUCGCUCAUUCGCACACUUAGGAACAGAUCGAGACGGGCGAGUUCCGCGAACUCUUGGAAGGGGCUUGA